UUAGGCUCUUUGUUGACAACAGGAAUAUACUGUGAUGGUUAUUUCAUUGAUUGUGAUGUACAUCAGAGUUUGAUUGGAUCAUAUCGUUUAUUCAGGAAAACAGGGAAAGGUGACAUACCGAUUAGUAAAUGUAUGAAAUUGGAACCAAUGAAUGAAUUUGAAAAUUUGGUUAUUGCAUCUUCAUAUUUGAAAAAUGAACAAGGAUGUUCAUCAAUACUGAAUGAGAAAUCUUUCCUACAAGCAGUUGAUAAAAGUCAGGAUUUGUUGUGUAGAUUAAUGCUGUCCUACUUUGGUGACAGUGAAAAAAAUGUUGAAUAUCUUGCCAAAGCCCUCCGAUUUGCAAUAGAAAAAAGACAUGAUACUAUCUCAAUGGGUAUUGCUUGGCAUUUAACAUGGAUCUAUUAUAAACAAAAUCAAUUUGCUUUCCCAUCUUUAGUUGAUAUUUGGCCUGCCGUUCGAUGUUCCUGUACAAACGAGUCAGAAUAUAAGAAUGAUAUUUGCUCAUCAGAAGCAGUAAUUGUUGUUCAACUCGAUACUGAUGCAGCACAGCCUUCAGUAAUGUUCUUUUCAAUUAAGGUUAUUUAUUUCACAAAUUUAAUGGACGAAACAUUACCUUUUGCCAACAGAAUAAUACCUUAUUCUGAUCACAUACCGAUAACUGGUUCUUCAGCAGAAAUGUUAUUUAAUAGUCAUCGAAAUCUAACACUUAUAUGCAAAUCCUCAUGUUUAACGUCGAAGGAGCCAUGUAGACCUUCAAACACACAAUUUGAAAUAACAGCAUGUGUGAAACUGUACUGUAAGGCAAAGGGGUUCAUACCAAUAGGUGAGGAACAUUUUCCAAAGAUUUUCUGUGGUAUGCGUACUACAGUUGUACAAGGAACACCAACAUUGAUGACAGGUAUGCAGAUAGGCAAAAAAGUUGGCACAGACAACUUUAAGAAAGGAACACUUGGAGGGUUUGUCAGAUUUAGAGGUGAAAACGCUUUUCUCACCUGCCUCCAUGUUUUCCUUACAGCUGAAGAGUUAACAGCUGAUUACAUAACUCUUGAUGAUACUGAAUCAUAUCAUGUAAAAUAUUAUCAAAACACAACUGAAGCGAGUAAUGAAGGCGACGGAAUUGUUUGUGGGAAAAUUCAAGUUUUUGGCUUUGGAAAAAACUCUGAAGGAACAAGCAUAGAUGCUGCUUUAAUACAGUUGGAGAAAGGAAUACCUAUAGACUCGUCUCAUUUUACUGAAACAACAGGUCUACAAUCGUGUUACUUGAAUGACAUAUGUAUUGAUUACAAUUCACUCAGACACGGCUUUCCAGGCCCAACGAUUUCAAUUGUGUCUAUAGGAGCUGUUUCCGGCAACUCAAAAAUAGAUUUCAAUGUCAUGGUGCAGAAACCUAUUGAUAUGGAUAUAGAUGCAUUUAAAAAAUCGAUUAGCGAUAUAAUACUUGAAGGUAUGAGAGAUCAUGUAGUGGCUGUCAUGCAGGCGCUUCAUUCUUGGUCCGAUAUUAGAACACCAGUUCGUGAUAGAAUUCGCAUUUCUGUAAAUAAAAUAUGUAGUGCAGAAAUGUUAGUUGAAACAAAAGAGAGCAUAGCUGAAAUCGUUUUUCGUAUAUUUCCUGAAACCUUAAAUCAUGAAAACAGCGAUCAAAUAGAGAAAAUCGACAAACUUCUGCACGAAGCAACGUUUGAACAAACUUCUAGUAGAUUUUCAGCAAUAGUCAGUGAUGUACAUAUGCAAACAACUGCACUGAAGAGGACAGUAGAGUCAGCCAAAAGAAUGUCAUAUAAAAUUUAUAAACAGAUUUACAUACCAGGCAUUCCAUUCGAAAUGGGUGAUUCAGGUACAUGCUUAUAUGUUCAUGAUAGUGUUAAUCCUAAUACAAAAGGAUGUAUCGGUAUGGCAAUUGCUAAACAUCCAGAUGGUGGAUGCAUUGCUACUCCAAUAAUGGAAAUACUGAAACAUUUUCAAAUCCGUUUUAAGGAUUGUUAUUAGGAACGUGUGGACGUAAAUGGACCAUAGAAUUAACUGAUUGACUCUUUAUAUUUGUGUGUUGGGUUAUUAAUACAACUACUAGAUUUUGUAUGUAUAUCUUCCGUACAUUCACUGCAUCAAACAAUAAAAACAAAGGAUCAAUUAAUUUGAAAAGAUUGUUAUUUUAACAAAUAUAAUGCUGAUCUCUAACACAGUAUACCAGGUGUGACAGAGUGAAUUUGGAUACAACUUCUUAUUUCCAUUUUUUUUUUAAAGAAAUCACUUAUAUAACUAAUCUUUCAUAAACUUUUAUUUUUAAAGUAUAUUGGUAUCAUGUUGUCGUCGUCGUCGUUGUCUGAAGACACUUAGUUUCCGGACAAUAAAUUAAGUUUAAAUGAAUGGAUCUUUAUGAAAUUUAAACAAAAGUUUUGAAACCACAAAAGGAAGGUUGGGAUAGAUUUUGGGAGUUAUGGUCCCAAGAGUUUAGGAAUAAAGGGCCUAAAAAGGGGUUCAAAUAAGCAUUUUUCUAAUUUCCAGACAACAACUUGUGUGUAAGUGUAUGGAUCUUUCUGAAAUUGUACCACAAGGUUCCAUACCAAUAAAGAAAGGUUGGGAUUGAUUUUGGGGGUUAUGACCCUAAAUGUUUAAGAAUAAGGGGCCAAAAAGGGGCCAACAACAAAAUACUUUUCUAAUACUUUGUAUAAAUUGCUUAUUUCUUGACCAAUUUCAAUGUGUUUUUUUUCUUGAACUCUUGGGGUUUUUUAAUAUGCUGAAUCUAACCGUGUAUUAAGAUUUUGGAUUUCAGGCCCCGUUUUCAAAUGUCUACAUUAAGGUCCAAAGGGUCCAAAAUUAAACUUAGUUUGAUUUUAACAAAAAUUGAAUUCUUUGGGUUCUUUGAUAUGGUGAAACUAAACAUGUAUUUAGAUUUUUGAUUAUGGCCCAGUUUUCAAGUUGGUCCAAAUCGGGCUUCAAAAUUAAACUUUGUUUGAUUUCAACAAAAAUUGAAUAUAUGGAGUUCUUUGAUAUGCUGAAUCUAACCGUGUAUUAAGUUUUUGGGAUUUUGGGCCGCGUUAUCAAAUUGGUCCACAUUGAGGUCCAAAGGGUCCAAAAUUAAACUUGUGUUUGAUAUUUCAUCAAAAUUUGAAUUAUUGGGGUUCUUUGAUAUGCCGAAACUAACCGUGUAUUUAGAUUUUUGAUUUUUGGUCCCGUUUUGAAAUUGGUCUACAUUAAGAUCCAAAGGGUCCAAAAUUAAACUUGUUUGAUUGUAACAAAAAUUGAAUUAUUGGGGUUCUUUGAUAUGCUGAAUCUAAACAUGUACAUGUAUCUAGAUUUUUGAUUAUUGGCCCAGUUUUCAAGUUGGUCCAAAUCGGGGUCCAAAAUUAAACUUUGUUUAAUUUCAACAAAAAUUGAAUAUAUGGGGUUUUUUGAUAUGCUGAAUCCAACCAUGUAUUUAGACUUUUUUGAUUUUUGGGCCGCGUUAUCAAAUUGGUCCACGUUGAGGUCAAAAGGGUCCAAAAUUAAACUUUGUUUGAUAUUUCAUCAAAAUUUGAAUUAUUGGGGUUCUUUGAUGUGCUGAAUCCAACCAUGUAUUUAGAUUUUGGAUAUUGGACCGUAAUUGGUAAAUGUCCAAUUUAAAAUUUUAAGUUUUUAGACCACAUUUAUUCUGUGUCAGAAACCUAUGCUGUGUCAAAUAUUUAAUCACAAUCCAAAUUCAGAGCUGUAGCAAGCUUGAAUGUUGUGUCCAUACUUGCCCCAACUGUUCAGGGUUCGACCUCUGCGGUCGUAUCAAGCUGCGCCCUGCUGAGCAUUUUAUUUUACUAUUCGUCAUUUCACAGAUCUUAUAUGACCAUGUGUAAUACAUAUAGUACAAACAAAUUCCUAUAAGUGUAACAUACAUUAACUAAUUGAGCAACAUGUCAAAUAAUGUUUACACAAUUAAGCUUUCAGACAGGAAACUUUCAACAACGUACACAUUUUUUUAUGUCUAUGUAAAUAUGCUAUUACACACUUGUAGCCGGGUCCCGCAUAGGUACAGUGGAGAUCACUUCUAACCUCUCAUUAAAUCUGUCAGGAGAACUGUUGUAGAACAGUACGUAGAACUGUCAGCAGGGGUCGAAAUUAGCGCUAGAUCGUGAAUGGUUGCAUUAUAUAGUAGAUCGGAAUUUAAUGAACUAUACAAUAUGUGAAAAAUUUGCAGUUACAGACCUAGAUAGGAAAUGUAUUUUCGAAACAGGAUCGUCAAAUUUCAGAUUGGAUUCUGUACUUGCUCAUGAGCAAUCAGAACAGCACAUGUCAAAUUAAUGUCAUUUUUGCAGGACCAGUAGAUUUUGAGCCGGGAGCAUGUAAUUCAGUGAUUUUCUUUUUUUUUUGUGUGUUACAUAAAUUUUUGUUUUUCUCUCAAUUUUUGUACAUAAAUUAGGCCGUUAGUAUUAGGGGGGCAUUAUUAUUAAUUGUUUUACAUUUGUUAUUCCGGGAGUCAGGAUGGCUCAUUAUCACAUAACAAAAUUAUCGGACCUCAAUAACCAAUAUAAUAUCUGUUUACGAGUAGUUUUCAUACCUUGGACGACCUGUUUAACAAAAAUCUUUUGACCGCAUCAAUCUAAACUGCCUUUAUUUGCUUUUCCUUUCUGCAAAUCUAUAUAGCUGCACAGUACUUCAGUUUUAAUUUAAGGUCUAGAGGGACUGUAAUAUACAAGUAACAGCAAUUUUGGAAAAAAAUGUAAUUGUUCACAUCAAUUUAUAGUGCCAACAUGCAGGGGCAGCUAGAUCCAGGCUGGGGGUCCAACUAUAUGCUCCCAUUCAUAUGCAUUGAUGUUUAAAAAAAAAGGGGGGGGGUUCCAACCCCUGGACCCCCUCCCCUUGAUCCUCCAAUGAGCAUGUCCUUGGUUUUUUUUCAAAAUAUUGAAUCAUUAACAAAUAUCAGUUGUUUGUAUACUUCAGACUGAGUCAUGUAAUAAAAUCUUUUGACUGCAUCAACCAAAACUUAACAUAUUUGCUUUUUAUUAUGUAAAUCUAUAUAGCUGCACAGCAAUCUAGUUAUAAUUUUAGUUCGAGAGGAACUGUAGUAUAUAAUUUACUGCAAUAUUGGAAAUCAAUGAACACAAAUUUUUUCUCUCGCAUUAAUUGAGGGUGCCAGCAUUUCCUAUUUUUAUUCAAAAUAUCGAAUCAGAAAAAAAAUAUCAGUAGUUUUCAUACCUCAGACUCGUGUUACAAAAUUAUUUGUCUGUACCAAUCACAACUAACCACAUUUGACAGCACCAACCAAAACUGACCAUAUUUGACCACAUCAACCAAAACUGACCAUAUUUGCUCUUUUUUAUACAACUCUUAUAGUCGCAUAGUAAAUCUGUAAUAUUUUUAUGUAAGGAUGGAGUGUAUAAUCAUUAUAAUACAAAUGAUCUAUAUUAUAGGGUUAUUGCAUGAAUAUUGGGGAAUAUUGUUUCGAGAAUUUUAUAUUGCGCGUGCUUAUAUUUUUAUAUCAGGAUGGAUUGUUCAAUAUGAAUGAAAGCACCGUUGGAAAACAAAAUUAUGCUCGCAUCAGUUUAAAGUGCCAGCAUGUCCUCUCUUUAAUAAAAAAUUUGAAUCGUAAACUAAUUUCAGUAGUUUUGAUAUCUCAGAUUGACUCAUGGAUAUAACAAAAUGAUUUGUCUGCAUCAACCAAAACCAUGAAAACUGACCAUACUUGACCGCAUCAACCAAAACUGACCAUAUGUUACAGCAUCAUCCAAAACUGACCAUAUUUACACUUUAUUAUGUAAAUCUUAAUAU